AUGGUUAAGACACUUCCAUUUGGCGACCAGCAGGUCCCUGUUCCCGGCUUUGGCGCUAUGGGACUUAAUUCAGCUAUGGGGACAGAUCUCGAUCUCGUACAGUCCGAGCCUGUUCUUCUGAAAGCCAUCGAGCUCGGCUGCACAUUCUGGGACACUGCCGUUGCCUACAAGGCUGGGGAAAAUGAGAAGUUGCUGGGAGAAUUCAUCAAGAAGCACAAUGUGCGCGAUAAGCUUUUCGUGGCCUCCAAGUGUGGAUUCGACGUCUUUGGACCCCAGCGGACGGUCACCAACUCGGCCGCUCACAUCAAAGAAUAUAUCGAGGGAACUAUCGACAGACUCGGUUUCACCCCGGAUCUCUACUAUCUCCACCGAAUCGAUCCCAAUACCCCCCUCGAAGAGUCCAUUGGUGCCUUGGAUGAACUCCGCCGCAGUGGAAAAACAAAGUACAUUGGCCUCUCUGAAUGCUCUGCUGAAACUUUGCGCAAGGCCAACGCUAUUGCUAAGAUUGAUGCCAUUCAGGCUGAGUACUCUGCCUUUGAGACAUUGCACGAGACCAGUGGCCUGAUUGAGACGGCAAAGGAACUGGGUGUGGCUUUUGUGGCAUUCAGCCCCCUGGGACACGGCUGGCUUGUGGAUGACUUCCAGUACAAGUCUCCUGAUGAGUUCGCGCCUACUGAUUUCCGACGCACUGUCCCUAAGUUCCAGGGUGAAAACUUCUACAAGAACAAGGCGAUCGUUGAUGAGAUUAAGAAGCUUGCCACUAAAAAGGGCUGCUCAGUUGCGCAAAUCGCCCUGGCCUGGGUUGCUGCUCAAGGUUUGAUUACUAUACCAGGAACGACCAGGGCCUCACGUCUGGCAGAGAACUGGGAAUCCCGUGACAUCGAACUGGAGGAGGAGGAGCUUAAGGAGAUGCGAAAGAUUGUUGACGCUGCCAAGCCAACUGGAGAGAGAUUCUCACCCAUCUACCAAUCGAUGGUCGGCCACUAG